AUGUCAACUGGUUCCGUCGAAGAUAUUUACUCUGACCUAUAUUCCACAUUUUCACAGCUAACUUGUACAACUGCCGAUGAUAUCGAACAAUUACCGUAUUCAAUUGAUUUAAAAACUAGCUUAAUCUUCGUAGGUUCAACAGUAGGUGGACUAUUAUUCGGGUACGAUACAGGUGUGAUAUCUGGUGUUUUGUUGAAUUUAAAACCUGAAGAUUUAUCACGUCCAUCACUAACAGAUUUCAAUAGAGAGAUUAUCACAUCUAUAACUAGUAUAGGUUCCUUUCUAGGUUCUAUUAUAGCGUUUCCUCUAGCUGAUCGUUGUGGUCGACGAAUAACCCUUGCCAUAUGUUGUAUGGUAUUUAUCAUUUCUGGGAUAUGGAUGGCCCUUUCAAGAUCCUUACUAUUCUUAGUAGUUGGACGACUGAUAGUUGGUAUUGCUGUUGGAGUAGCUGCUCAGUGUACACCAAUAUAUCUUAGUGAGAUUUCUCCUGCGAACGUUCGAGGAUUUAUGCUGACAUUAAAUUCAGUAGCAAUAACGGGCGGUCAAUUAUUAUCAUACAUGUUUGCUUUUGUCUUACGAGAUUUAUCUCAAUCAUGGAGGUAUCUUUUCGGUAUUUCUGCAAUCCCUGCAAUUAUGUUUAUAUCAUUACUUGAUUUUAUACCAGAAUCACCUAGAUGGUUAGUUACAAGAGGGAAAUUUCCUGAGGCCCAUUCUGCUCUCAAGAUGAUAUAUCCCGGAGCAUCAGUUCAUCAAAUAAAUUUGAAACUUCGAAGACUUAUAAUAGAUCUAGGUAAAUUAAAUCACUAUAAUGAUAUAGAUGAACCACUGUUACAGCAAUCAAGAUCAUUCCUAAUGAAUUUGAAUAGUUCUAUAUUAUCACAAGCAAACUCUAUUGAGGUUCCUGUCAUCAACAACCUAGUACAACCUUCGAAUUCAUAUUCAUCACUACCCAAUCAGCGGUCAAGCUUAAAGAGGAAAAGGCAUGUACAUAAAAUGGAAGCAAGAACGAAAAGAGCGUUAAUGGUCGGCUGUACAUUGAUGUUUUUCCAACAAGUUACAGGUUUUAAUGCAUUUAUGUACUAUUCUCCAAUAAUAUUUUCAAAAUUGAAUAUACAGGACCCGUUAUUACCUGCCAUCCUAGUUGCAAUCACCAAUUUCUUAUUCACCUUCGUUGCCCUACGAUAUGUCGAAAGAGUUGGUAAAAGAAGUAUGUUGCUUUACACUGUUGUUAUAAUGAUUAUAGGGUUGCUACUUUGCAGUACUGGCUUCGAAAAAAAUAAUUUAAAUCUACUGUUAACUUCAAUAGUUAUUUUUGUCGCUGGCUAUGCAUCUGCCAUGGGGACUGUUCCUUGGAGUUGUGUGGAAUUUUUACCAUUGAAUAGAAGAUCCUUUGGAGCUUCUUGUAUUUCAUGUACCAAUUGGCUUACAAAUGCCAUCGUUUCACUCUCUUAUUUGUCAAUUAUUGACAAGAUUGGCGAUAGUAGUACUAUGUUAAUAUUUGCCAUGUUUAGUACAUUUUCAUGGAUAUUCAUUUACUUUUGCUACCCAGAAGUGAGAGGUCUUUCGUUAGAAGAAAUUGGCAAAAUCUUCGAAAAUGGUAUUGAUAUUUACAAUGUCUAUAGGAAUUAUUAUUAG